CCAAUCCAAGAUGGCAGACAGGCCGUUUGAGCUGUGAUAGUACGGGAUUGUAGGAGUGUAAUUUCUAGGUGUGUCAUUCUAAAUAUUGAACUAGAAUGUCUCCCGAAUUCUUGACUAAAAUCUUGUACGAAUAUUCUGACAAUGUGAAACUACGUCCUCGCGUAUCGUGCGCUAGGUUUAGGUAACGUUUGUGCCGGGACAUAUGUAAAACGGUGAUCGAAUUGUGUUAUUCGGUGUGUCGUGUACGCGAUUUAUUCUGGUUUAAUGGUAAAUUAAAAUGUGGAAUAUGAUGUGCGACGUGAUGCCCACUAUAUCGGAAGACAGUAUCAGCCAGAGGAGUUCGCAGUUUUCUGGGGAAGAUGCGAAUUUCGAGCAGCUUAUGGUGUCGAUGCUCGAUGAGAGAGACAAGUUGGUGGAGAGCCUCCGGGAGACGCAGGAGCGGCUCGGGGACUCGGAGCUCCGCCUGAAGGAAGUGGAGAAGGAGCGGGACUCGUUGCAUCGGCAGAUCGCAGCGAACUUGCCUCAGGAGUUUGCCACGCUCACGAAGGAGCUCAACCAGGCACGGGAGCAGCUGUUAGAGCGAGAGGAGGAGAUCUCAGAGCUCAAGGCGGAGAGAAACAACACCAGGCUACUACUCGAGCACCUAGAAUGCCUAGUGUCUCGCCACGAGCGGUCACUGCGCAUGACCGUGGUGAAGCGGCAGGCGGCGGCCCAAUCAGGAGUCUCCUCCGAGGUCGAGGUCCUCAAGGCCCUCAAGAGUCUCUUCGAGCACCACAAGGCGUUGGACGAGAAGGUCCGGGAACGGUUAAGAGUAGCGUUAGAAAGGAACACAGCAUUAGAAGAAGAACUAGCGUUAACCAAAGAAGAACUGCAACAGUACAAAUCGGGUUCCGACUCGGAGCGGCCCAAGGAGAACGGUGCAGUCAGCACCGGCUCGCCGGAGCAAAACGGCGAGCAGCUGCAAACUAAGGAGGGUAGCGUUAACGGAGACGACAGGAAAACGACCGAGCUGCAAAACACAAUCGCCAAGCAGUCUGCAGAGCUGAGCUCGUGGCAGCGGCGCGUGGCGGAGUUGAACAACAAAGUCAGCGAGCUCGAGGAGCGGCUGGCCAAGGGGGAAAAGGAGUUGGCCAAGAAACAGGAGGAGUGCGUCAAGCUCCAGCGGGACCUGCGGGAGAACGGCGCGCAGAAGGAGGACCAGGAGGAGCGGAUAGCGACCCUGGAGAAGAGGUACCUGAACGCGCAGCGCGAGUCCACCUCCCUGCACGACCUCAACGAGAAACUCGAGCAGGAGCUGCAACACAAGCAGGCUCAACUCAAGCUCCAAGAGGAGAAGAUCGCCGCUAUCGAAGAGAAGCUGGAACUGUCCUCGCAGAAGUUGGCGCAGAUGUCCUCGCUGCCCGAAAUGGAGGAACAACUCAAGGCGCGCAUGGAAGCGCUCAGCCAGGUUGGCAUUGCCCAAGAGCGGCACGGGUCAGCCGAGGACCGCAUCCAGCGGUUGGAAGCUAGCGUGGAAGAAAAGAACGCGGAGCUGAUGAGGCUGAACCAACGGUUGAGGAUGAACGAGGAGCAUAACACGAGGCUCAGUGCUACCGUUGAUAAGCUACUCUCUGAGUCUAAUGAUAGGUUACAAGUGCACCUCAAAGAGCGGAUGCACGCGCUGGACGAGAAAAACGGUCUGACGCAAGAGUUGGAGAAGACGAGGAAGUACGCCGAGGAACUGGUGGCCGAGAAGCAGGACAUACUCAAGGAGUUGGCCAAGUGGCGCAUGGAGACUGAACAGCUGAAACGACAAAUGCUGCAACAAGAGAUAGCGUUUAAUAUUCAGCAAACUGAUGCCCUCACGAGGUCGCUCUCGCCGGGCGCCCCUCCGCAACCGCCACCACAAGCUAUCUUCCAAACUAAGUUGGAUGGGUCGUGGGAGAAGCUACAACAAGCUCACGUACUAGCCAAUGUUCAACAGGGCUUCGAUGUCUCCAGCGACGCGGAGAACGACGAAUCAGACGGCGGUGUAGAAGGCGGGCACACGGACGCAGCAGCCCUCGCGCUGAUGCUACAAGAGCAGCUCGAUGCCAUCAACACAGAGAUCCGGCUCAUUCAAGAGGAGAAACAGAGCACAGAGGCCAGGGCCGAGGAGCUGGAGUCCCGGCAGGUGGGCAGCUACGAGCACAUGAACGUGGUGUCGCGACGCGGGGACUCGCCCCCCCUCGCCGCUUCACCGUCGCGGCCGCAUCUCGCGCCCAUACACAAAUAUCAUACGGCGCCGGCGUCGAUGUCCCCCGCGCACGCGCACUACCGCCCCCCGCCGUCAUCCGAGAGCCUGCCGUCCAGCCAGGUCUGUCGCCGCUUUCAUCUGAUGAUUUAUUUACAGUUGUGCGAGGACGGCGUUGCGGCAGAAGGCGCCGAGUCGCCGCUGACGGCGCGCUCGCUGCGGCUCGAGCGGGCGGCGCGCGCGCUGCACGCCGAGCGGGAUCGACUGAGGACGCAUUAUCCCGCGCCGUAUGACUCCUCGAGUCAAGAGUCCCUCGGCGGCCUCACGGCGUGGGGCGGGGCCUCGCCCGGCCUCCCUCGAGGGGUUGCGGCCGCGGCCUCGGCUGUUUCAAUAGCCUCGAUGCAUCAGCAGAAGAAACGGGGUAUCAAGAGCUCGUUGGGGAGGUUCUUUAGCAAAAAAGAGAAGGCUGGGAUGCCGAUGCAGCAAGGCGGACAACAGCGAUCGCUGUCGUCCGCGUCUUCGUUAGGACUAUCUUCGUUAGCCGACGAUGCGCCGGAGGCAGCUCCCGCGCCUCUAGUACAAGACUACGCUCGCAAUAAGAGCAAAGACCGCGACUACCGACACGAACUACUAGGCGAAGCUAUGCGCGCAGGCACGCCCUUCGCGCUAUGGAACGGGCCUACCGUGGUCGCGUGGCUCGAGCUAUGGGUGGGCAUGCCGGCCUGGUAUGUGGCCGCGUGCCGAGCUAAUGUGAAGAGCGGAGCCAUCAUGUCGGCUCUGUCUGAUCAGGAGAUACAAAGAGAAAUUGGCAUCAGUAACCCCCUACACCGGCUCAAGCUACGGCUAGCGAUCCAAGAGAUGGUGUCCCUCACAUCCCCGUCCGCGCCGAGAGGGACGGCAUGUGCGGCCCUCGCCUUUGGAGAUAUGAACCAUGAAUGGAUCGGCAACGUCUGGCUGCCGUCAUUAGGAUUACCUCAAUACCGCACGACGUUCAUGGAGUGUCUGGUGGACGCGAGGAUGCUGGAACACCUCACCAAGCGGGAUCUCCGCACACAGCUCAAGAUGGUCGACAGCUUCCAUAGAACGUCGCUACACUUCGGCGUGGCGUGCCUGAAGCGCGUGGGCUACAGCGUGCGCGCGCUCGAGGAGCGGCGGCGCGCGGCCGAGCACUGCGCGCGCGACGUGCUCGUGUGGAGCAACGAGCGCCUGCAGCGCUGGCUGCUCAGCAUCAACCUGAAGGAAUACGCCAAUAACCUGGUAGAGAGCGGAGUCCACGGCGCGCUGAUCGCGCUCGACGACAACUUCGACGCCAACAGCAUGGCGCUCGCGCUGCAGAUACCCACGCAGAACACGCAGGCGCGGCAAAUUCUCGAAGUAGAAUUCGCGAACCUUCUCCAAACCGGUACGGAACGCGCGGCGCGCAUGACGCACGACCACCAGGCGGCCUCCUGACACCACACCAUGAACUAGGCAACCAGGUUACGCGUGUCGGCCACCG